AUGGCCCCGCCCCCGCCACUUCCGCUCCGGACCCAGAAGUCCCUCCCCAGCGCCGGAAGUGCCGCGGCCUGGCUUCCGCAGAGUCUUCCCGCAGCCCGACGCGGAGGAAGGGGUUUGCUACCGGCCCCGGUUGGCUGCCGGCUGGGCUCGCUGUGCGCUCCGGAGCCGUGUCCGGGGAGCCGCGUCCUACCGGACGCCGGCGCCGGAGGCUGGGGCCGCGGCCGCGCCCGGAGAGCGCCGGUCCGGGCGCGAGGCCGGUGCGGGGCCAUGAACGGGACCGCGAACCCGCUGCUGGACCGCGAGGAACACUGCCUGCUGCUCGGGGAGAGCUUCGAGAAGCGGCCGCGGGCCUCCUUCCACACCAUUCGCUAUGACUUUAAGCCAGCAUCUAUAGACACUUCCUGUGAAGGAGAGCUUCAGGUUGGCAAAGGAGAUGAAGUCACAAUCACGCUGCCACAUAUCCCUGGAUCCACACCACCAAUGACUGUGUUCAAGGGGAACAAACGGCCUUAUCAGAAAGAUUGCGUGCUCAUUAUUAAUCAUGACACUGGGGAAUAUGUGCUGGAAAAGCUCAGUAGCAGCAUUCAGGUCAAGAAAACAAGGGCUGAGGGGAGCAGUAAAAUCCAAGCCCGAAUGGAACAGCAGCCCUCUCGCCCCCCACAGCCAUCACAGCCACCACCGCCUCCACCACCUAUGCCAUUCAGAGCUCCAACGAAGCCUCCAGUUGGACCCAAAACUUCUCCCUUGAAAGAUAACCCCUCACCUGAACCUCAGCUGGAUGACAUCAAAAGAGAGCUGAGGGCCGAAGUUGACAUUAUUGAACAGAUGAGCAGCAGCAGCGGGAGCAGCUCCUCAGACUCUGACAGCUCGUCAGGAAGCGAUGAUGACAGCUCCAGCAGUGGAGGUGAGGACAACGGCCCUGCAUCUCCUCCGCAGCCUUCACACCAGCAGCCCUACAACAGCAGGCCCGCUGUCGCCAACGGAACCAGCCGGCCACAGGGAAGCAACCAGCUCAUGAACACGCUCAGAAAUGACUUGCAGUUGAGUGAGUCUGGCAGUGACAGUGAUGACUAGAGCCGGAUCUUUUGAAAUCAACUUUUUGGUGCACAAAUAUGCUGCAAGACCAGGCUACUUUAGCACGGAGUCCAUUGCCAGGAGGAAAAUGUCGUGGAUCAGAGACUGUAGUAGGAGUUUGAGGCUCCGGAGAUCUCAGAUAUUUAAGUCUUUAACUUAGUGGUAAUGGGUGAAUUUCUCAUGUAAUUUUUGAACAGUCUCGUGUUUCAAAGUUUAAGUAGAUCUAUAGAAGAACUAACAGUUAUAUUUCUAUUUGGUUAACACUGUUAAUGAAGAACAGACAAAUGUGCCCUGGUCUAGGUUACACAAAGGCCAUAUCUUCACCAGACUAGUGAUUCAGUUUUAAACCUCAGCAACCACUAGUUUGGCCAAGUGGCCUGCACCAGUGAAAUGAAACACAGUCUUCGAGGGGUAGGAGAGAGGAAAACCUUAAACUGCAGCAUAGAAGUAUGUUAAAACCACUUUAAAUUGUUGACACAAAGUGGUAAGGAAGUUUGUCUGACCCAGCCUGACAUGCCUGUGUAGAAAUGGACUCCAAGAUGGAGCCCAGAGUGUCAGCUGGGUAGGAGCUGGAGCUCUGCUACUUCAGCCUCCUUGUUUACAAAUAAGGGAAAAACAGCUGGUUUCCAGCCAGACUCCUGGCCCCAGUCCAGGCUUUUCCCACUGCUCCCUCCCUUGAAUCUCAUUUAUCAGAACCAGAGCUUCUUAUACAUGAGACUUACAGAUGUACGUUGGAGCUUUUAUUGGAUUCCAAAAGACAAAAGUGUUGGGUACUUCUAGCUCAGAUUCAGAUCCAGACACCUAAAUACAUGAGGCUGGGUGAGCAGAUUAAACCAGCAGCCACUGUGCUGAUGCGUAUUACUCAGUGAUCGGGGCUUUUAGUUCCAUGUGGAUCCAUACUAGGUCGUCACUCAGUGGAUUUUAGUAGGGGGAGAUAGGAGUGGGUGAGAGGUGUAGUGGAGAAACUUUCGAAACAAGUGAACCAGCAGCAGGUUUCCAAAACCCAGAAGCUAGAUAGGAGCUCUGCAGUAUGAAACGAGCACAUUCUUUGAUAAGGUAUUUCCGUUCAUGCUUUUGUACCACUGUUUGUGCCUGACGCCCAGACCGAUUUCUACUUUUUAUAUACAACUAGAAGAAAGUCACAAGAUUGCCUUCUGCAACGUGCAGUUUCCAAAUGAAUCUGUUGUUGCAGGAAACUGGUCGCUAGUAAAUGUUCCCUAUUGAGUGAAUGUGUGAUAUAUUGUCCUGUUAUUAGUAUGGAGUAGCCCAUUUCUGUAAUUUGGGUGAAUAUGUCUUGAGAAAUUUCCAUCUAUGAUUCAGUGGGUAUCAAGAACAUGAGAAAUGAUUUUCCUUCCUCGGGUUGCUCCACUCAGAUGGCCUCUGCCUCCCCAGCUAGCGGAGGGAGGCAGUCUGGACCUACAAAGAAAUUAGAUGAUGCGUGGUGGGGGCUUGGUUAGAGUUGAGCCUUGUAGAGUCACCUGUUUCAUCACAUAGUGACCCCAGUGAGCUGGAGAUGUGGGCCAGGAGCCAUUGUCCAGCAGCACGCUCACACCACUCUACCAAGGGUAGGUAAUAGGUACAUGCUGGUACCCUGGGGUGGGUUCUCAGCCCAUUGUGGGGUUUCAGUGGAUUUAAUGGCAGAUAGGAACUUAUUUAUAAUGAAUUGAUAAUAGCUUUAUAAUUCCUUGUAAUGACAGCUCAGGGAAGGUGAGGGUCACGAUUGGGAGACUUGAAUUGUUACUGGAUGUGGAAAUUGUUUCACUGCUCUUAACUUGCUCAAGCUUGGGCAGGUUCCAGGAACUUGAACUGAAAAUAUCUAUCUAUGCCUCUUUUUCUUUAUUUUUUCUCCCAGAGUCUUGAUUAUAUAGACAGAACUGUGGUUUUUGGCAUGUCGGGUCAAGCUGUUUGUUUCUAUAGGAAAUGCUUGCAUGUGGCACUGGGGCUUGGUGAGUCAAGCUUUCCAAGCUUCAGACCCUCUCCCUGUCAUCCAUCCCACUUGGCACCACACCGUUUCCUCCAGCACGGCUUCCGUGUUGUUCUCUGCACAAAGCCUUCGGUGGUUCUCUCCCCCCGCCCUCCAGCUUUACCCACCAGGGGAAGGAAUCUUUUCUUUUUGGAAAUCAAGCAUUUGGCCUCACAGACUAUUACUCACGAGUACCCUCAUGCCAGCCAAACUGGAUUUGUUCUUCCUGCCUCCGUGCCUUCUCAGUCUCUCCUCCCCCUCCCCACCAGUCCUGCUCCCGAGGCUCUGUAGGCGGUAGUCUUCCUGGACUCUGCCUCUCCUUUCAGCCGCCUGGAGUGCUGUGCGUACAUACUGACUUUCCUCUUGCUUGAGUCUGGUUGGUGAGAAGUCUUAAAAGCAGCGACCAUCAUUCUCAUCUCUGUUCCCUGGGUGUCCACAGGAAUAGGCAUUCAGAUGCUUUUAGCCUGCUGGGGAGGAGGCAGAAAACCAACCAGUGGAGUACAGAGGGUAGACAGAGAGAAAACAUUCCAGGCAUUUGGAGACAGCUGAAACUAUCCAUGCUGAUUUUCAUGAUUUUGAAGUCUAACUGAAUUGUUAAAAUUUCUUUUUCUUUGUCCCAUACAAUGGCUGCUAUACUGUGGGUCA